AUGUCAGGCUUCGACUCGGGUCGUGUUUUCUCAGCCCAGGCGCUGCCGGGUUCAGAGGCUUCUCGUGCUCCGGAUGCUCCGGCACAGACCGAACAGACGCUCUUCAAUUUUGUCCAAACUUUCCGCACGGGCAGCGACUACGUGUACCGUGAUCGUCUUCGUGCUAACCUUCUGGCCAAGCAAUAUGUGCUUGAAGUUCAACUCGAACAUAUUCAGCUGUGGAGCAACGACCUGGCACAGGCACUCCGUGAUAACCCCUCGGACAUCCUGCCACUCUUCGAAUCAGCAGUUAAGCGUGCUGCACGAGCCAUCCUGUACCCCGUCUUCACACGAGACGAGCAGCGUCCAGAAGCACCCGACUGUCAAAUUACUCUUCGCAGUCAUGCUAACCUCACACCUAUGCGCGACUUGCACGCAGACAGCAUCUCGCACCUCGUCCGAGUUCCAGGCAUCGUCAUCGGUACCACCACGCUCUCGUCUCGUGCAACACAUCUUCAGAUCAUGUGCCGAGACUGCCGCGCGACGAAGUCUCUCCCUGUGGUCUCUGGCUUCGGUGGCUUCACUCUGCCACGAUACUGCGAUUCCACCAAAAUGGACACCACAGCACCACAAUGCUCCAUAGAUCCGUACGUCAUCCUUCACGACAAGUGCCGUUUUGUUGACAACCAGACAGUCAAGCUGCAAGAGGCGCCAGAUAUGGUACCUGUGGGUGAGUUGCCCCGUCACAUGCUCAUGUCGGUCGACCGUGCACUCUGCGGUCGUGUGGUGCCAGGCUCGCGCAUCAUCGCUACAGGCAUCUACUCGACCUUUACCAGCGCCAGGGGCGGAAAAGGUUCCAAGGCAGGGGCUAUCGCGCUGCGUACACCAUACUUGCGCGUUGUCGGUCUCGAAAUCGAUGCGGAAGGCGCUGGAGGGCGUGGUAUGGCUCGCAUCUUCUCUGCCGAGGAGGAAGAAGAGUUUACGCGUCUCUCGAGGACAAGAGACCUGUACGAAAAGUUUUCGGCAAGUAUUGCACCCAGUAUCUUUGGCAACCAGGACAUCAAGAAAGCCAUCGCGUGUCUGUUGUUCGGCGGCUCAAAAAAGGUUCUGCCAGACGGCAUGCGACUGCGUGGCGACAUUAAUGUACUCAUGCUCGGUGACCCCGGUACUGCCAAGUCGCAGUUGCUCAAGUUUGUCGAAAAGGUAUCGCCAAUCGCGGUCUACACCUCAGGCAAAGGUUCAUCAGCUGCUGGUUUGACGGCGUCGGUGCAACGUGAUCCUCAAUCGCGCGAGUUCUAUCUCGAAGGAGGUGCCAUGGUGCUGGCGGAUGGCGGUGUGGUGUGUAUCGACGAGUUUGACAAGAUGCGCGACGAGGACCGAGUGGCGAUCCACGAGUCGAUGGAACAGCAGACCAUCUCGAUUGCCAAGGCGGGCAUCACUACGAUCCUCAACACACGCACCUCGGUGCUAGCGGCGGCGAACCCGAUCUUUGGUCGAUACGACGAUAUGAAGUCACCAGGCGAGAAUAUCGACUUUCAGACUACGGUGCUUUCGCGUUUCGAUAUGAUCUUUAUCGUCAAAGAUGAGCACAACGAGCAGCGCGAUCGCACCAUGGCCAAGCACGUCAUGAAUAUCCACAUGAAUCGCGCCAACGAUGCUUCAGCUGCGGGCGAGUUUGACAUUGAGCAGAUGAAGCGAUACAUCUCGUUCUGCAAGGCACGCUGCGCACCGCGCCUGUCGCCGGAAGCCGCCGAGAAGCUGUCGUCGCACUUUGUCGCGCUCCGCAAGCAGGUGGCCCAGGUAGAACGCGACAAUGAUGAACGCUCUUCGAUUCCCAUCACGGUUCGUCAGCUGGAGGCUAUUGUACGAAUCUCUGAGUCGUUGGCCAAAGUGACGCUCUCACCUACGGUGGGAGAGGAGCACGUCGACGAAGCCAUGCGGCUAUUCCGCUCGUCUACCAUGGAUGCCGUGCAGGCGGGUAACGUCGAGGGCAUGACGCGUGGCGAGCUCGCCGAAGAAUGCCAGAAGUUGGAACGCGAGAUCCGCCGCAGAUUGCCUAUCGGCUGGAGCACCAGCUACACCAAGCUGCGCCACGAAUUUGUUGAGAGCCAAGGCUACACCAACCACGCGUUGGAGAGGACACUGUUUAUCCUCGAGAAGCGUGAUGUGAUUCGCUUCUCGAAUCAGCGCAAGGCUCUUACACGCACAGGUGUCUAG